UUUACAUUUAAACACACACUCCCUCCUAAACAGUAACGCGGGGUCAUUACAGCAUGAACAACUUAUUUGUAUUACAGAUGUUUCCUGAUCCUUUUUUCAGCACUGUGUGAGAAUGCUCUAUAAAAAUAAACUGAUCUGAAUAAUGUUAGAAAAUCUACAUAUAUAAUGAAAUAAGGCAACUGAGGAAAGGAAAGCAACAGAACUCCCAGGGACAUGUCGUAGGGCCGGGCUCCAACCAGAACAUUGUCGGUUCAGCUCCCAAAGGACACAAUGCUGCUCCACGUUUACCUACCGUGCGUAACAUGGUUCACAUGGGCAGCGUCUCGAGGUGUGUGGAGGACCAAAGUGUCUUUAUAUCUGUUCAUGUAACUGAUGCUUCCCUCCAACACAACUUACACUGAUUUCCCAAUUAUCAGGUCAUUUUUAUUGCGUCCACAUAGGAUAAGUACUUUGAUUAAGGGUACUACAGCAAAAGGAGGGAUUCAAACCUGGGUCUGAAUGGUGCCCAGGUUAUUUUGAAAAGGAGCAUGUUUUUGAAAGGUCAUGAAGUGUAAUGAGCGUAGUUUCCACAGUGUAUGUAAUUGCGAGGGUGUGUCUGGGGUUCGAACGGGAGCAGUGGAUGCAUUACUGACCAGUUCAAACCCAUUGCCUGCCUCUCUCGCCCGCAGGUGCUUCUUGAAGCUGGGCGAGUGGCAGCUCAGCCUCCAGGGUAUCAACGAGAGCACCAUCCCCAAGGUGCUGCAGUACUACAGCCACUCGACGGAGCACGACCGCACCUGGUACAAGGCCUGGCACGCUUUGGCCGUGAUGAACUUCGAGGCCGUGCUGCACUACAAGCACCAGAACCAGGGCCGCGACGAGAAGAAGAAGCUGCGACACGCCAGCGGGGCGAGCGGCACCAGCGAGGCGAGCAACAGCGACAGCGAAGCCAAGAGCGCCGAGCACAGCCCUCUGCCGUCGCCCGGCCAGAAGAAGGUCAACGAGGUGGGUGAGGUGGGUGUGCCGGGUGUGUCUGGUGUGCGAGUGACCCUUCGCUGACCUUACGCUCUGCCCUGUUCCCCAGGACCUGUCCAAGACCCUGCUGCUGUACACCGUUCCUGCCAUCCAGGGCUUCUUCCGCUCCAUCUCCUUGUCCCGUGGGAACAACCUGCAGGACACUCUGAGGUGAGUGUGUCCCGAGCGCUGCCACGGCCCAGGGGCAUUCCUAUCGCUCUCGUGCACAGGCAUGAGGCACCAACCGCUUUCUGCAUCACGUUUCACCACCUUGCAUCAGGGGAUUUGGCCAAAGCAGCACUCUGUUGAAAGGGGGACCCCUCAUGGUCACGUGGUGCCGUUACUCCUUAGUGUCUGAACGUACAAAUCAGCGUAAACACAAGUACAUCAGCAACGGACAAAGAGCUUUGGACACAGACG